ACUCCAGUUUUUGGUGUAAAACUACUGUCAGCUUCAUUGUUGAACGUUUUUUUUAAACUAUAUUUCCUCCCGUGUGUUUUUUUUCAUAAAGUAUUUUUUAAAAACAUGUUUUACAAAUGAACGCUUGUUAACUAUCAUAAAUCUUGAAGAAGAGAAAAGUUGCUUACCUCCUCCGGGCCACCGUAGAAUCCGCUCCAAUCCGUCCCGGGUUUUUUGUGGACUCGGCGGGCUCGCGGCUCUGUCUGAAAGUCUGUUGCUCCGCGAGGAGAGGCGGGUAAAAUGUAAACACAGAUUCAUCAUGGAGGAAACUUUUGAGUCGCGGUUUGUAAUUAAAGUGUAGAACACUCUUUGAGACCGGAAUAAACUUUUAGUGUCGUAUUUCGAACUUCACCAACUCCCAGGCAUCUUCGCUAAAUAAACGUAAGUCGCCGGUUGAUUCAAAUACGAAGCGAAUCUUCUCUUUAGCGGGCUAGCUGUUAGCCAUCUCCAGGCAGGGAAGCUCACCGCGCCGAUGCCGCCCCUAAACCGCCAUGGAGGACUACGACGUAUUCGUGCAGCGCAGCUUCUCCCGGCUGAGGAGCAGGCAGGACCAGGAGGAAGUCCGGACCGCCGCGGCUCCAUCCUCCUCCGUCAUCCGCUUCUGCGGUCGCGCCAUCCUGCCCCCGCUGUUGUCUGAAGAACAGAAGCAGCAGAUGCAGGCGCGCAGAGAGGAAGCUGGCAGAGCUGCAGCCCGGAUGGAGCUGGAGAAGCAUCCCAGGAUGAGGCAUGUCCAGACACUUUUACGCAGCGUUCAGCAGCUGAGGAAGACUCCGACGCUGGAAGAGCUGCUUCAGGAGUGUGAAGUUACGACCAAAUGUUCUCCUCAUUUUCCUGCUCCUCAGAGCAGCUCCUCAGACUCCCACAGUGAGGCUUCAGUUGGGAACAAGCAUGGUCCUUCCCCAGCAUCUGCAGAGGAGUUAGAGAGUGGUUCUCCUUCUCCUCUGUCUCCCGUUUGUGCCUCUCUCACUCCCGACAAGCAAACCUGCUGUGAUGGUGGCGUCAGUUGCCAAGAGGAUAGCCCUCACCGACCCGAGCCGCGCCCCCCCAGCGGGGGACAGUCAUCUUCCUCAGGAUACAUCAACUACAAGAAGGUAGAAUUCUCUGUUUCGCGCCUGUUGGACCAACAUUUCUGCACCUUCACCUCUUCUGGAGAAGCUAGCGGUGUGGGAGGGGGGUUCCUGCACAGCACCUCCAAUACAAUAGCCAUUCGUCCAGAUAUUAUUAGCCAUCCUCCUGUGGAUGGGGAGGAACUAGAGAGGAGUGGGCUGGAGUUGUAUGCUUGUGGAGCCUCAUCUGUCUGUGACUAUCCACUAUCGGAGGAGUCUGGAAGUGUGGAGCAAACGGACGACGGUUCCUGCCCCAAGGACGGAGAUGCAGAUGAGGGGUCAGUCACUGAAGGAAGAAAUGCAUCCGAAACUGAACCAGGAGACGGGAGAAGGUCGUCCGAAGAGAAGCCUCAUUCUCGGAGCCUCAAGGACUUACUGAAGAAAUCCCAGGAGUAUCGGCGGCACCAGCGGAUGCUGAGGAACCAGUCCAGGAACAGCAAAACCCUGGAGGGGACCCAAGAGCUGCCGAGAGCACCAGCAGAAGAGCAGAGCCUCUCUGAUAAGGAGAACGAUGAGCUCCCCUUUGGGAGCGUGAAAGCUACAGACAGGAGCCGAACCAAAGUGCGGGGAGGAACCCCGUCAUUGGGAAGGUCACAGAAACCCAAGGAGCACUUUGAGAGAAUCCAGAGUGAAAUCUCUUGGAGCAACGCCAGCACUGACAUCCAGAGCUCUCCGGUAACUGGAAACAGCUCAGAGCUUGAUCUGGUUUCAAAAACAACCCUGAGAAAUAAGCUGAACUCUUCUCAGGAGUUCAUCAUCCCAGCCGACACCUCCCCCCCUCCAGACGGCCUUCCUGGGGGCACAGCUUUUUCCAAAGGAGCAGCUACGGUCCCAGCGCCCAUCCUCUGCUGCAGUCCCAGUCGGAUCAAAGACAGCUGCAUCAAACGUCCGCAACCCGCCGAAGGAGCGGAGAUUUCCGAGGAGAAGCUGGGAAUUCAAUUCACCGGGACUCCUGCUGGCGCGGAGGAGGUGAGCGGCGUGUUAGCCCAAACUUCACAGCACAUCGAGCACCUGGAGGCCAGACUGAGCGGCCCGAAGAGCCUGAUCUCAGAUCUGGAGUCUGCGGUGAAGGAAAGUCCAGAACAAACUGAGAGGAACCAGAACUGGUCCGACUGCAAUGGCACACAACGCAGAGACGGCCGGCAGCAGACGCGGAUCCCUGUCCUAUUCCGAAACACAGCUCCACGGGGAGUCUCUGUGCCGGCCGCAGGAGGAGGUCGCCCCCCCACAAAAUCCCCGUCUCUCAAUCAGUCGUUUGACGUGGAAAAGCCAUCCGGCCUCUGGCUCCAGAGUUUUGUUGGUCAGGCGCAUCUGACCCCAGAGAGCGGGGGCGAGGAUCUGGUGGGGAAGUCUAGAGUCAAACGACGACUGGUGAUGCUCGUGAACGAGCAGACGCCAGAGAGGAGGGCGGGCCCUGUCGUCAGACCCGCCUCCAGCACCCCCACAGCUGCGUCGUGCUGGUCUGAAGACCGGAACGCCGACCAGCUGAAGGAGGUCCACGCCGCCCGGCUCAGAGCCCUCCAGGAGGAGCACCAGCAGCAGCAGGAACAGCUCCUGCAGGCUCUGGCGGCGCGGUUCCAUCUCCUCCAGAGCGUGGCGCUCCCUCGCUGUCUCGGGGACACGCUGACCUUCUCCGUCCCUCAGCACCACCGCCCCCUGCUGGCAGCUGCCGUGAAGGGCUUUCUGACGCGCAGACUGCUGAGGACUGAGCGUGUGUCGCAGCUGCUGCGCACCAUCAGGGACACGCAGCAGUUCCUGCAGAGCUUCCAGCAGCAGAACGCAGGCAGAGGAGCGCUCUGCAACACACAGGACGCCGUACUGCAGGAGCGAGUCGCGCUGCAGCUCCGCGCCGCUCGCUAUGAGCUGUACGACAUUUUCUUCAGCCUGUCAGCCAGAGAGAGGAUGCAGAUGAUCGGCUGGGACAGAGAGCUGGCCAAGGAGAGGGAACUCAGACGGCAGAAGACAGGAAGUUGUCCGGGACGGACCACCCUGUCGGCUGCAACACAAAAGUCACUGGAGAGGAAGAAAGAAGCCAUGAUUCAGAGAAAGGUUGGUGAAAGCACUGGGGGAUUCAGGACCAGGACCGGACCAAAGCUCCGUGCUGACAAACCGCUUCCAUGGAAACCAAGGCAGAUCAGACCGCGUCCACAGAGAGCCACAAAGAGCGCCGGCUCCUCCAAACCAUGAUACCUUCACAAUGAGGCCCUGCUAAACCUACAACGUCUCAGCACAAUCUAAACUCGGCAGAGCGUGCAUUUUCCUGUCAGUCCCCACCAUGUGCCAAAAAGGGGUGAAACAUCUGAAGCAGUUAAAGCAGACAGUCUUCAAAAGCAUUAUAAAAAAAGACGUGUCAUUUAAAGUGAACUGUUUUGCUCACGUUUUACAUUUGAACAUUGUUGAUGUUUGAAAUUCCUCUCUGCCUUAAACUUUAUUCUUCAGUGGAAAUAUCUGGUGAAGAAACCUUAUUGUUUUAAAUUCUGGUCUUUUUUACUUCGUGUUAUUUAUUUUUAUUUUAUAAUAAAGUUUUUUUUUACUGUGA